GAUAUUUUUAAAAGUCUGACACUUCAGUGCAAUUCUGAGAAUAUUAGAAAGCACCAGUUUGGAAAUCAGACUUUAAAAUCCAAGGCCCAGUCCGCCUGUUCAACAGAAGCCUCGUCUCAAGGUGCUAUAAAGACUAUGGCUUUCAGAAACAGGUAUCCUCCAAAGUCCUGUGACACGUUCGUGGCUUUGCCUCCAGCAACAGCUGAUAAUCACAUAAUUUUUGGAAAGAACUCAGACAGGCCUUCUGGUGAAGUCCAGGAAGUUGUAUUCUUUCCUGCAGCAAACUAUCAACCAGGAGAUGAGGUUGAGUGCACGUAUAUAAAGAUUGAUCAAGUUGAAAAGACACAUGCUGUUGUUCUUAGCCGUCCAUCUUGGCUAUGGGGUGCUGAAAUGGGAGCUAAUGAACAUGGAGUGUGUAUUGGCAAUGAAGCAGUUUGGGGAAAAGAAAAGCCCAAUGAUAAAGAAGCCCUUCUGGGCAUGGAUUUAGUCAGGCUUGGCCUUGAAAGAUCUGAAACAGCUGAGGAGGCAGUUGAUGUCCUUGCAGGUCUGCUAGAGAAAUAUGGACAAGGUGGAAAUUGUAUGGAAGAUGAAGUUAUAUUUACAUAUCACAACAGCUUUCUGAUUGCUGACAAGAAGGAAGCCUGGAUUUUAGAGACUGUUGGUAAAUACUGGGCUGCAGAAAAAGUUGAAGAAGGGGUACGAAAUAUUUCCAACCAGCUUUCCAUAACAACAAAGAUUAAUAAAGAGCACCCAGAAAUGAGGAGUUAUGCAAAGAGUCGAGGCUGGUGGGAUGGAAAAGUAGAGUUCGAUUUCACUGCUGUGUAUUCCUAUCAAGACAGUGCUGAAAUGAAUGAAACUGGUAACCGAUACUGUACUGGCCUGCAGCUUCUUAAUAAGCAUAAAGGAAAUAUUGCAAUUGAAACAAUGAUGGAUAUUCUACGGGACAAAGAGAGUGGUAUUAAUAUGGAGGGUGGUUUUAUGACAACAGGGAGCAUGGCCUCCGUUCUACCCAUGGACAGCAACCUGCACUGCAUUCAUUUCUUUACAGGAACUCCUUAUCCUGAGAGGUCUGUUUUCAAGCCUUUUAUCUUUGUACAAAACCUGAGGCAGUUUCUACAAACAAGUUCGCCUUCAUUUGGUCCUGAUGAUCCAGUAAAGAAGGAGCCACGGUUCCAGACUAAACCCGACAGAAAGCAUGCACUCUACAAAAAGCAUGAAGUAGCAGCUGCAUUAAUGGAGAUAAAUCCGAUGAAAGGUUCAAAGAUGCUCCAAGAUAUAAAAGCACUGGAGAAGAAACAAAUAGAAACAGCAAAGGACGUACUAAAAAAUGGGAUACCGGAUACUACCAAAGUUGUUCACCUCUUUUCUGAUUGUGUAGCUGAGGAAAUAGCAAUUUACAAUAAAUGUAAUUAGCCAGUAGUUUUCCAUUUUUUAGUAAUAUCUGGUUUUAAUGCGCUUUCUUGCCUAGAAAACAAAUGAUUUGUAAAUUUGAAAUAUUUAUAUUAAAGCCACAGUAUUGGAUCAAAUAUUAAUUCCCGCAAAGCUUAAAAUAAAGUUAAGUAUAAUAUUAACCUCAAAAAGAGUGAAGUGUUACAGCGUGUCCUAUUGAUCUGCGCCAUUAAAUGUGCAGUUCCUGUAAAUUGAUUUUCCCGUUGUGGAUCUGUUUUUAGUGGGAAGUGCUAGCUAUACCCUUGAUCUUUCACUAAACAGAAAGAAGAAGAAUUAGUAGACGUGUCUAGACCAGACCACUUUCACAUAUCUGUUACUGGUUGCCUCCAGACUAGUAUGGAUAGAAGCCUGGUUGGGUUGUUUUGCUGCCCUCAGCCACAAAAAUAUUGUAUUCUGCUUGAAGCCUAAACAUUGUAACAACUACAGCAAUAUUAAGCAUAAAUUGAUGUACCAUAUGCUGAUGUUUAAAGAUUUUUCUCAAAGUCAGAUCCCAGAGUGAGAUCUGUGUAUGUGGAUACAAUUAUGCUAUCUUCAGAUAAUGAAAUAUCUUGUAUUGAAACUGAACUGCUUAAAAUUCUUUACUCUUCUGCUAGAAAAAUAUAUUAAAAUUCAGAAAAUUGUAGCAACAAA